AUGAAACCUAAUGAUAGCCAAACCAUAAAGAAAGAGACCGCAUCAAGGAGGACCUCGAUCAAGAUUGAGAAAAAGGUAUUAGAUAAAAAACCUGGAUUACCACUUACAAGAAUAGUCAAUACCCCUAUAGCAGCAUGUAAAAGAUGUAAACAAAAAAAAAUUAAAUGUGAUAAACUAUUACCAACCUGUACUCAUUGCACAAAAGCUCACGUAUCCUGUAUAUCUGUUGACCCUGCAACAGGAGAGGAUGUUCCGCGGUCUUAUGUCCUAUUUCUAGAGGAUACUCUUCAAAGCUUUCUAAAGAAAUGUGAACAAGAAGAUGUUGAUUUAAAGAAUGUAGGGUCAACGUUUCCUGUAUCAAGUUCUGAUCUGCCGUAUACGGGUAAAUCAAUACAGGCCGGGUCCGAUUCGACGUAUUACUUGCGGGAUGAUGGCUUACUGGGAGAUUUCCUCAUCAACCAAGGUCAUUUAAUAAAGAAUGCCAGUAAUAUUGUCACACCACCAACUACGAUUCCUUCAUUAGAUACAACAUUAGCUGUAACAAGAAGUCCUGUCAAAGACAAUGCAGCAUCACUAAAUUUUGGUAAAUCAAAUAAAGAUAUAAAUAGUCUUGCAUCAAUGAAAGACACAGAUCCAAGUACCUUUCUAGGUGAUUCUUCAGGUGUAUCAUUUGCCAAGUUAGUGUUUACAGCAACGAAUAUUAAACCUGAAUUACUUGUUACAGAGACUGAUCACGAUGUGGAUAAAAAAAAUACAACUUUAAAGGAAGAUGAUUAUCAAAAAGCUCAAGAUAUCGAUAAUGACAUGUUACAAUUACCAGAUAAAUUUGAAGCACAAUCAUUAAUUGUGAGUUUCUUUUCAUACACUAACGUUCAAUUACCAAUCCUUCAUAGGGAAUUUUUUUUGAAGAAAUAUUUUGAACCAAUUUAUGGACCAUGGGAUUAUAAUAUUUCACUGUUGUCUGAUUAUACUGAAAUUAAUAAAUCGUUUACUCUUCCGAAUAAUAUAUUUAUUGAUACAGAUUCAGGAGAUGAAAAGGAGAUACGUAGUCCAUGGUACAAUAUCUGGAAAAGCUAUACAAGAUCCAAAACACAUAAAAUUCCCAAAGUACCAAAAAGGUUCCAUAUCCCAUUGUUUUUCCUGAACAUUGUAUUUGCAAUUGGCUAUGCUACAGACGUAAUACAAUCUAAUAUCUCUAGAGUUGUUGCAUUUAAGAAAAGAACAGCCCAUUACAUUAAUUCACUAUUUGUUACUACAGACCGAUUAGAGGCGUUAUCUGGAACUUUAUUACUGGUUAUAUAUGCUCUGAUGAGACCAAAUACUCCAGGAGUAUGGUAUGUUUUGGGAUCGGCAUUGAGAUUGACCGUUGAUUUAGGUUUGCAUACUGAAAAAUUAAAUAUGAACUAUGAUCCAUUCACAAGAGAUAUGAGAAGGAGAUUAUUUUGGUCGGUUUAUUCCUUAGAUAGGCAAGUAUGUUCAUAUUUUGGUCGUCCGUUUGGAAUUCCCGAGGAAAGUAUAACAACUAGAUAUCCUAGCCUGUUAGAUGAUUCAUAUAUAGUUACAAGAGAUUUUGUUGAAAAUGAAACAAUAGUAUCUGAUUAUUCCGAUGCAGAGUACUAUUCUGUAUCAAGUAAACAUAUUGCAAUAUCCAUGUUUAAAAUAAGAAGAUUACAAGCUUCUAUUGUAAGAAUAUUAUAUGCCCCUCACUCAGAAUUGCCAAGAACAUUCAAAAAUAUUGAAGAAUGGAGAACUACGACACUUAAAGAACUUGAUCGUUGGUAUACAGAAGACGUACCGAAGAAUUCAUUGAAGAUGAAUUGCGGUUUCAAUACAUUUGUAUUUGAUUUGAAUUAUCAUUAUUCAAAGCUUAUUUUGUUCGGUAUAUCUCCAAAAUGCCCAAAUUUGACCAGUGAAUCCUUCAAAGUGGUAUUUGAGAGUUCUAAAGGAACUAUUGAUGUAUUCCAUAAUCUUUGUAUUAAUAAGAAACUAAGUUACACAUGGGUUGCUGUCCAUAAUAUUUUCAUGACCGGUAUGACUUAUUUAUAUGUAAUAUAUUACUCCGAUGAUACCAUAUUAAAGGACGAAUAUGAUGUUAUGGAAUAUACAGCAAAAGUUUUAAAUGUAUUAAAGGAAUUAAUUGGAAAAUGUGAUUCUGCCAGAAACUGUUAUCAAAUUUAUAAAACAUUAGCAGCAGUAGUAAAAAGAUUAAAAUUAGACGACUUGACUGAUAAAUUGAAAGAUAAUGAACAAUAUAAUUUAGGUACUCAUAAUGAUCUUUUACCAAACUCUGAUUAUACCGAUAUAUCACUAAAUCAAUUCUUUCAAGAGAUGGAAAAGAUUAAUAAUGGUCCGUCAACAGGCGGAAAUAACCAGGAAGGAAUUUCCAAUACUAAUGAGUUAGGGGCAAGGGACUUAACUGAGCCAUCAUUACUAAAUGGUCCCGGGAAUGGAAUGGAACCUCAGGGAAGGUGUGCAUCUGUUGGACAGGAUUCAAAUAUGAUAGAUUUAUUGUAUCAAGUUUCUUCGCAAUCUAUAUGGGAUGAAUUCUUUGUCAAGGGCAGUUCGAAUGAUAAUACAGUUCCUGAUGUGUAUUUUUAG